CGGGCGGCGCGGGCCAUGCGGCAGGGCGCGCUGCUGGCGGGCGCGCUGGCGGUCUACACCGCGUACCUGGUGCUGGGCGCCCUGCUGGUGGCGCGGCUGGAGGGGCCGCACGAAGCGCGGCUCCGAGCCGAGCUGGGGGCGCAGCGCGAGCAGCUGCUGCGGCGCAGCCCGUGCGUGGCCGCCCCGGCCCUGGACGCCUUCGUGGAGCGGGUGCUGGCGGCCGGACGGCUGGGGCGCGCCGCGCUCGCCAACGCCUCCGGGCCCGCCAACGCCUCGGACCCCGCCUGGGACUUCGCCUCGGCUCUCUUCUUCGCCAGCACGUUGGUCACCACCGUGGGCUAUGGGUACACGACGCCGCUGACCGACGCAGGCAAGGCCUUUUCCAUCGCCUUUGCGCUCCUGGGCGUGCCCGUCACCAUGCUGCUGCUGACCGCCUCGGCCCAGCGCCUGUCGCUGCUGCUGACCCACGCACCCCUGUCCUGGCUGAGCACGCGAUGGGGCUGGGACCGCCGGCGCGCAGCCCGCUGGCACCUGGUGGGCCUGCUGGGGGUCGUAGUGGCCCUCUGCUUCCUGGUGCCAGCUGCGGUCUUUGCCCACCUCGAGGAGACCUGGAGCUUCCUGGAUGCCUUCUACUUCUGCUUCAUCUCUUUGUCCACCAUCGGCCUGGGGGACUACGUGCCCGGAGAGGCCCCUGGCCAGCCCCACCGGGCCCUCUACAAGGUGCUGGUCACAGCCUACCUCUUCCUGGGCCUGGUGGCCAUGGUGCUCCUGCUGCAAACCUUCCGCCACGUGUCCGACCUUCACGGCCUCACAGAGCUCAUCCUGCUGCCCAGCGUGGACCCUGCCAGCAUCAGGGAGGAGGAUGACGAUCGAGCGGACAUUCUGGGCCCCCCACCUGAGCCGCGCCAGCAACUCAUGGCCGGCUCCCACACCAACUAUGCCUCCAUCCCCAGGUAGCAGGGCCAGCUCCCAGGCUGGAGGGAGCUGGUCUGGAACAUUCUAGAACAUCCGCGAGCACAUGCCGGUGUUCCUGAGGCAUCGCCACCAACCGUCCGUCCUUUGUCUUAUGUGUCCCGGCUCCCCCCCGGCGCCAACACUGCCUUGUCCUCCCUGCCCCUUCUCUCAUUGCCCCCUCUGUGCCUCCCUGGCUUCCUCACCAUCUUCACGUCUGGUUCUUUUACUCACUCCAUCAGCCUCUCUCUCCCAGCCACUUGUCACCUGCGUGUUGCACCCGGCUCUGGGCUUGGACCUCAUUUCUGGCACUGGCUCGCUCACUACACCUUGGGCAAGUGACCGCCCCUCUCUGCACCUUGAUCUCCUCAUCUGUCAAGUGGGGAGAAUAUCGUCACUCAUCCACAGCUCCCUCCUCCAUGCCGGGCAGUGCUCGGGACACAGUACUGGUCGAGAUGGCCUGACCCUGCUCCCGGGGGGGCUAACAGUCCAGGGAGGUAGACAGACCCGUCCCCACACAGUGACAGCCCAGAAUGGGCAGGACCUCAGUAGGGGAGGCAGUGUGGUCAGGGCUGUGAUGGAGGCAGCACAGGGAAUCACCUAAUCCCCCCUGGAAGGUCAGGGAAGGCUUCCUGGAGGAAGUGACAACUUGACUCAGCCUUGAAAUAUGAGGAGUAGUCGGGGGAGGAACGUGUACUUGACAUUUUCCUUAAGUGACUCCAGGAAGCCACACCCAUGCGGAGAGCCCUGGUAGCCCCCAGUGCUGGAAUCUUCCUCAGCCACCCAGCAGGAGGAUGCCACAGGAUCCCAGCCUGGACACCACGGUGACUGCUGUCCCCGCUCCCCUAGCGCCCUGUCCCAGCCCAGCUGCAUCCCGCCUCCGCCCUCGGGCGGUCCCUUCCCCUCUGUUUCUCAGUUCCCUCCCCUGUGAAAUGGCCGCAAUAACAGUGCUGACUUCCAAAGAGGAUGUAGGGACCCUGCUCUGUUGUCUGUGCCGCUGUCUUUGGCCAGGCCCUUCACAUAGAAGGAAGAUUAUAUCAUUGCCCUGUUUGCACAGAUGAGGAAACUGAGGCACGGGGAGGGGAGGGCCCUUGUCGUGGACUCAGAGCUAGGAGGGGACAGAUUUUCCAUUUACUCCCUGAGAUAUGCUCCCUCCCGAGACGGUAGGUCAGUGACAGCACUUCUGCCCAAGGCCGGUCCUGAGCUGUCACCUCGACCACGCCCUUGGGGGUGGCAGAAGGGCUGGGGCCUUUGGGCUGAGCCUGCCGAGUAAGUAGACAAGUAGAAAGGGCAGGGAGGGCGUCCCGGCAGAAGGGCCUGUGUGCACGGCCUGGGGGAGGAAAGCAUGUGGACAUCGGCUUCCUGCACAGUUUAUGUGACUGGCGUGCAAGGGAGUGGGGGAAGGAGGGUGUGGCGGUAAACACGGGCACAGCUUAGGUGUCCUCAAGUGACAAGCUUGGGAACUUGCCCUCUUUCUUGAGGGCACUAGAGAGCCAUGGAAAGGCUUUGAGCAGGAGAGGGUCAUGGCUGGGCUUGUGCCUUGGAAAAAGCCCCCUAGCUUCUCUGUGGACUUAGACCAGAGCGAGAGACCAAGGCUGGGUGUCCAGCGGAGGGUGGGGCGGGAACCAAGCAGGAGGCCAUGGGGCUGGGCAGGGCCAAGGGGAGGCGGGGGGUGGGGGGUGGAGGGGUUCUCCACAGGCCUUACAGACUUGGGAGGGACAAGGCCAGGGAAGGGCCCAAGGGAUGGUCAGCUGCCCCUGAGAUGGGGACCUGGGAGAAAGAACAGGUUUGAAGGGGAGACGCUGAGGCUAGUUUGGAACAUGGUGGGUGUGAGGGACUAAAGAGACCCCCAGGGAUGGGGCUCAGGGGAUGGGGUUGGGGGGCGGUCGGGGCUGGAGACAGAUGAGGGAACCGAGGCCAUGAUGGGGGUGUGGCAGCCCGGGGUGGGAGUGAAGAGAGAAGACCAGGCUUGAGAAAUCAGCCGUAAGGAAAGGAUCAGUAAGGAAAGAUUUGGCUGCAGGGAACAAAGUCCUGACUGGCCCUGGCUGAAACAAUGAGAUAACUGUAGAUUGCACAUCCCCAGAGUUGGGCAGACCUCUGGUCAUGACACAGUCCACAGCUCCAGGAAGGUCUUGUGGCCCCAGGGUUCCUCUCUCUCUACUCUGCCACUCUCAGCUGAAGGCUUGGCUCCCACACGGGUUCCCCUCACAGCCCCAAAGUGGCUGCCACAGGUCCGGGCAUCACAACCAGCCAUAAUUUCUAGUGCAAGAAGACAGGGGCAUCUCUUCCUGUGUCUCUUUGGAAACAAGGAAACCUUUUCCCAAAGCCUCCCAGCAGACUUCUCUUCCAUCUCGUUGGCCAAAAUUGGCUCACAUGCCCGAACCAAUCAUUGGCUAGAGUGAUGGAGCCACCAUGAUUAGCUUGGAUUCCUCAAAAUUCUCCCUGCCCCCGGGACUGAGGUUUCGGUUUGGAGGCUGGUGAAUACUUGAGCAAAACUGGGCUUCUAUUAGAAAGGCAGAAGGUCGGGAGAAUGCUAAAAAGUCACA